AAUUGAGCAUCGUGAACAUCCAUCUUCCAUGUCACCAUGAAGACGUCCACCACCCGCAUUUUCAUCAUUUUUGCAUAGCUUCUUCUGCAUCUAUCGCAUCAUUCCAUUGCAUUGAGUUGCAAGCCAUCAUGGCAUCCCAAUAUCUUUCGACCCCCGAAACCUACCAGCGAACUCGAUCGUCGGUAUUGAAGAGUUUCAUACACAAGCGAAGUCCCUCCGCUGGGGAUGCUCUUCCUCCGCCCACAGAUGUGUUUAUUGCAAUGCCGGCAUACGAUUGCGGUCCAACUCUACCAUUUGUCCCGCAAGAGAAUCCUCAUAACUCCCGAGCACUAGGUGAGCGGCAAGAGAAUCGCCAAAGCCAGCCCCCGCCAUCUCCAGCAAAGAGGUCGAAGGAAGGGAAGCGUCCGAGAACAAGCGGGGAGGGAGGAUUGCAUUACAAGUCAUUGCACAAGAAGACCUUGAGCUCUAUCUCAUUGAAAUCGUUGGCAGGAAAGGACGGCACUAGCAAGCCUCCCAAAACCAAGGACGCCGCCUCGAUGAGGGCGAAAAAGACAAAGUCAGCGUCCAACUUUGCUACCCUCCUAUCGCGUCCCAAGUCCUCGAAGAGCCUCCAGAAACAAGCCUUGGAAGAUGAAGCACGAGCAGCAAAAGAUAAAGAAAAUCGAAGCCCCCAACGAAGCCCCAUCAUCUCAUCCCCUGUUACAGCAUGCCGACCACCUAUCUAUGCCCAGUUUUCCAGCGAGCAUUUCACCAAACAACCGUUAGGAGGAAAGUUCGUGGAGGAUGAGAUAGACCUUUAUACACCCGAAAACUACUCGCCGGGCAAGCAACGAAAUUUCUACAAUGUUCAGGACAGCCAGCCUUCCCUCACCCAGCGCGAUGGCGCCCAACGACCAAAAUCUACAUACUUACCAAGCAAUUACAGUGUUCAAGACAUUAGCCGUAAGCCGAGCAGAGAGAGUGAAAGACGAAGCGUGGAGCUCGAUCGAAGAGAUGUGUCUGGGGAGAAGCGGUCGAGUUGUGAGAGAAGAACUACUGAGCCUUCAAACUCUUCCGACAGAGUAGCUCCAAGUAGGGGACAGCGUGUCUUGGCUGCUGUAUCCUCCUUUGGAAGUGGCAGCUUGAAAAAGGAUGACUCAGACCCUCUUCUGGAAGACAAGGAUAUCGACCGAGAGUUCGAAGCUAUGCUGGACAGACGCAACAUCCCAGAAAACAUGCGGGGCAAGAUGAGGAGCCUUACUAUUAAGAUGAAAAGAGAUUUUGUGAAGCAAGAUUGGGCCGAGACAGCUGCUGCAAGAAACAGCAGACCGGGAACUAACGGUAGUAAUUCAAGUGCUGAACCUACUACUGAUACACACGAGGUCGAAGUCAAGUCUAAGCGGCCUAGAAGUCGAACUUUCACAUUAUCAAGAGCAAGUAGCAAGGAGUCAUCUUCAGGACCCAAGUCAAAGAAGCCAGAGGAGUCGUUUAAACGACAUUCUCGAAUGAAAUCCUCGGAUUCGACCAAAGGGGACAAUAAGGCAUUGACGACAGCUGGUGCCGUCGCUCAAACACUGAUCGCGAAAGCCAAAGGUCAAACUCCAGAGGACUUUGUGACAUAUUUGAGAAAGACCCGACAACCAGAAAAGGUCGAAGUCGGUCGUCUUCAUAAGCUAAGAUUACUUCUUCGCAACGAGACUGUCGCCUGGACGGAUGACUUUGUAGGACAGGGUGGAAUGGCAGAGAUGGUAGGAUUGUUACAUCGUACCAUGGAAGUCGAGUGGAGGUUAGUAAAUAUAUACCCUGUCCUAUCCACCACUAACCUUUUUCAGAGAGGAACAUGAAGAUGCUCUCCUUCACGAAGUUCUUUUAUGCCUCAAAGCACUUUCCACCACGGCACUAGCUCUUGAGUAUCUUGACGAUAUUCAAUCCACCCUUUUCCCCGCUCUACUACACAUGAUCUUUGAUGAGGAGAAGAAGGGACCGAGCGAAUUUACGACCAGAAAUAUUAUCACGUCGUUACUCUUUACCUACCUCAAAUCAGCUCCACUCGCAUUACGCACUCUGCGCGCAGAGACAAUACUUAGCUAUCUUCGCAACCAAGACCCCAGCGAAUCCCAACGACCUGUCGACUUUGUGAUGGACAUGCGACGUCCACGCCCAUAUACUGUAUGGAAUAAAGAGGUAUCCAACGUCACCAAGGAAGUAUUCUGGAUAUUCCUACACAACUUGAACGUCGUUUCUCUCCCCCGGGUCUCGAAGGACAACAUACACGACACCACCUCAACCUCGAUCGCCUCCUCUGGUCCCAAUGGACUCGAUGUGUCUAAUCCUUACCAUGUAUAUAUGGCCAAGCAUUUCCCACCAGAGCUCCCACCAGUACCAGCAGCUCCAUAUGUUGGUGGUGUAGAAUGGGAAGCUACCAAUUAUCUUGCAUCUCACCUUGAUCUCGUCAAUGGCAUCAUGGCAUGUCUUCCAACUCAAGCGGAGCGUAACGACCUCCGAGAGCAAAUGCGCGUUUCGGGCUGGGAGAAGUGUAUGGGCGGUACCCUCCGACUUUGCAAGGAAAAGUUCUAUGGAGGUGUUCACGCCGGACUCAGAUGUUGGGUUGCGGCCGCAGCUGAAGAUGGCUGGAACACUAGAGAAGUUCGAUGCGGACCUAGCACGGAGGGUUCAAGUCCUAAAAAGAGCCCCAAGAAAGCUGUGCCGGUGCAAGAAGCUCCUAAGAUUCAGAUGAAGCUUAGCUUUGGGGGUGAUGGUCAGACUCGUGAGAUCUCCAAUGGUGGUGGUGGUUGGCUGUGAUUGUUUAUGCAUGUUUCUUUUCCGUGCGAAGGGUCUUUGGGUUGGAGUUUAUGUGUUGCCUUUCUCUGUAUCUUGUUUUUUUAUGAUGCUACGGUCGACCUUUUCUUACCUUUGUUUUCUUCUUGAGAAGGAAGUCGGUGAGGAGGUAAGGUAUAUGUUCUACUCUCUGAGGUUUUUCUUGUUAUGAGACUUUUUCUUUUCUUUUGCAUGAUUUCUUUUUUUUAGCGAGACGGUUGCCGUUUUGGGCUGUUGAGCUUCUGAAAAAAAGAAAUUGGGGAAGGAUGAUGGAAAUGACUUGAUGAAAAAGCCUGAGUUGAUGAUUUUUUUUUGAGCUGCCUUUUUUUGUGGUUGUUGUUUGUUUGUUUUUUGGAUUGGGCAUGAAGGAGGAGGAGAUUCUUGUUAUGAGGAGAUGAAGAUACAUUCUUUGGUAGAACGGUACAUAAAUUGAAUAUCAAGGGUUUCUUUCCUUACGGUAACUUUGCAGCGUCUUUGUAUGUACCCCGCAAGUCGUC